AUGUCCGUAGAAUUACCUAAAACACAAGAAGUGGUGCUGAUUGAUGAUAUAAGUGAAGGUUACGAUACUAUCAAGUACGUCACUGACUAUCCUGUCCCUGAUGAUAUCAAAGAUGAUGAAAUUUUAGUAAAGAAUAAAUAUUCUGGAGUCAAUUUCAUUGAGGCUUAUUUCAGAAAAGGUAUAUAUCCUUGUGAACAUCCUUAUAUUCUAGGAAGAGAAGCUGUUGGGACUGUUGUAUACGUAGGGAGGAGAAUGGCUCAUGAUUAUAAAGUUGGUGAUUCCGUUGCAUAUAUUGGCAAUAGCUCAAUGGCACAGUUUACAAAGGUUUCAGCAAAAAGUCCAAUUAUAAAUAUGUCAAAAUUUUACAUUGAAGAAGAAUUGACUGAUGAAUUAUUUCAAAAAUAUUGUGCAUCGUUGAUCAAUGUAUUAACUGUUAUGACUUUCAUCAGAGAAUCAUACAAAGUUAAAAAAAAUGACAAUAUCUUAGUGUAUGCAGCUGCAGGUGGAGUUGGUUUGAUUUUUGAUCAAUUAAUUACCAAAAUUGGAGCUACUGUCAUCGCUGUUGCUUCUUCGGAUGAUAAAUUACAAUUAGCAAAAUUACACGGCGCUAAACACUUAAUUAACAGCAGUACCGAUGAUAUUGUCGAAAAAGUCAAUGAAUACACAAAUGGUAAAGGUGUGGAAGCUGUCUUUGACUCAAUUGGCAAGGAUACGUUUGAGACAUCCAUGAAGGUAUUGAGGCUAAAAGGUACCUUCGUUUCAUUUGGCAAUGCCUCAGGUCCAGUUGCCCCAUUUCCAUUGAGCAGAUUAUCACCGAAAGUGCUUAAAUUGGUGAGACCACAGCUUUACGGUUACUUACAAGAAAAAGAAUCAUGGGAUUAUUAUUCUAAAGAGUUUAUUAGGGUGAUGGAUUCUGGUGAGUUGAAGAUUAAUAUAUCUAAGGUAUAUCAAUUAGGCGACUACAAAAAAGCUGCAAUGGACCUAGAAAGUAGAAAAACUACAGGUAAGCUUAUAUUAAAGGUUCCACAAUAA